AUGACUGAGAAUACUUUCGACAGAGAAGCACUCAAGAAAGAACUUCGUGAAGAAAUACUUAAUGAACUCAAACCAAAGGAACAACCAAAAGAACAAACACAAGAAGAGAAACCAGCUAAACCAAAGCGUAAACUCACAGAGAAACAAUUAGCUGCAUUAGCAGCUGGACGCGCAAAGAAUCCACGAAUGAUUGCAAAGAAAUUGAGAGAAGAGGAAGAAGCUAAGAAAAAUAAUAAGUAA